UUCCUGAUAACUUUAAGACUAACUAAAAAGGUAGGUCUAGAAAAUUUAUUAACUAUUCAAGUAAGUAGCACAAAGUAGGUCUGGAAAGUUUACAAACGAUCCAAUCCAUUUUAACAAGUUAGGUCAAGGGGGGAAAAAAAAACUAUCCAAUUAAUUUUCCCAAUAUGAUGGUUUAUUUAAUUAUAUUUAAUUUUCAUAAACUUGGCUUCCGCAACAUAAAUAUAAUGAAAACGUUUAAAGCUUGGUUUCGCCUACACGUUUGAGAUUCCCUGGGAGAAUCCAUGUUCAGGUCUCAUUUUAAAAUGAUAACAAAACAAUCAAAUAAUUGGAGGGGUAAAAACAAUUUUUUUUUUUAAUUUGGACAUGUUACACAUUUUAAUAAACGUUGCAAACGAAAAGGUCCUCAACUUCCAACAUUCAAAGGUCCUCAACCUCCAAUAUACAAAGGUCCUCAACUUCCAACAUACAUUAGUUCAAAGCGAGCCCAUUCGUUAACACAAUUCAAGAGGUUGGUGCAUCAACACUUUUCCUCGAAAGCUGUACCUCCUUCCAUCCACAAUCUUACGUACUGGCACAAACGCUUGCCCACGUGUACAGUAUGCUUUAUUAUAUCAACAUACGACUGGUUUCCCCAAUAGAUGCCCGUUGAGCUUGUGAGAGACGACAGUGGCGACACCAUGCUCCUCAUGAGGUAUGGGGACGACCGGUACGGGGCCUCGGACUUCGUGGAGGAAUCACUGGUCAACAUGAGGGAGGUGAAACUCCGGGAGGAUGACGUCAUGCUUUGCUCUUACUCCAAGUCAGGUGAGAACCGCGUGACUUGAGUUCUUGCAUCCAUGACAUUUGCCCACAAAAAAAAAAAAAAAAUCAAUUCAAAAUUAAGUAAAUCCGGAUGUACUUUUAUGGUGACUCUUAAACGUUCCUCUCAACAAUCGGUUAUUUAUAAGAAGUGGUUUUUGGGGAGGCGGGUAAUAUGUGACGUAACAUUCACAUCAAUAGACUUAUAAGCUCCUCCCACCUCUCUCGUAAGUCAGGCUGCCAUUGGGUCUGGGAAAUACUUCGACUCCUCCAGUCGGGCUCCACCCACCUUGACGUCAUCGACAAGGAGGACUACAUGAUGGAGUUCAACACCAUACAACACCUGGAGGCGCUCCCCUCCCCUAGGAUCCUCAACAACCACAUGCCCUGGGACGGCCAGCCCCGUGACCUGAUCGAGAAGCGCGUCAAAACGGUCUUCUUUUACCGCAACCCCAAGGACGUCGCCGUCUCGUUCUUCAACCAUCACCGGAAGUUCAAAGAUUACGACUACAAAGGGAACUUCAACAACUACAUCAAUCGUCUCAUACAAGGCAAAGGUAAGGCAAGCAAGGAACUAAUAUCUUAUUUUUAAAGAAAAUUUCCUUUUAAAAACAAUGUCCAGUGUUUAAUUAAACAACCCCUCCCCCUCCACCCCCCACCAAAAAAAAAACCCACCAAAAAAACCCACCAAAAAACAACAACACCAAAGUUGUUCGUAUGAAUGCUUUAUAAAAUGUAAUUUAGAGCAAUGGGGGGGUGGGGUUGAAAAUUGGACACAAUAAUGCAUACAAUGAACGCACUUUAUAAAAAUCAUAAUUAGUGCUCCCCCCUCCCCUUCCCCAGGCACGCAACAGCACAUUUUUCAACACAGCCCUGAACUAUUUUAAGAUUCUAAUGACCCGCCCGCUUUUACACUGCAGCAAAACAAACGAAUGUAUUACGCACCAAACGAAUGUAUUGCGCACCGAACGAAUGUAUUGCGCACCAAACGAAUUAUUACGCACCAAACGAAUGUAUUGCGCACCAAACGAAUGUAUUGCGCACCAAACGCACUUGCGAUAUUUUUUUUUUUUAAAGAAUGUCAUUUAGGGAAGUUAACGGUAGUUUUAUUUCGAAAAAUCAGUGCCAUCCUAUUUCCUCCAACUUCCCCUUGAAAAAACAGGUAAAACUGAUUUUUGGGGUUAAGGGUGGGGGGGGGGAGGCCGGAAACUUUGAAAGAAUGUGUUCUCAUCGUCAAUGAGUCUAUGUGCCAAGUUACAGCUCGAUAGUUUUACGGGAAGUGGGUCAGUUAGCCGUUCGAAGAUUUUUGUCCCCCGGCCAGAAUCGCACGAACGAUAGUGAGGUGAAUAUAAAGGAUUAAAAAAGAAAGAAAGAAAGAAACAAACAAACUUUUGAACGUUUCGAUCCCUUCCUGCAGAAUCUUCCAACUAUUUAAGGGAGACGGCAGUCAGAGGUUCCCAUUUAGCAAUCUUCUUCACGGACAUCCAUCAUCUUCAUCGUAACUAUCAUCAUAAUCAUCAACAUCAUCAUCAGUCCGAUCCAGCCGCCAUAUGAGCUCGUGACUUUAGGCCAGAAGUUAUGGCUGACAUACAUCAGAAAACCCGUAGACACACACACGUCCACAAAGCAUUCGUUGUUCGCGUUGACGGCGCCGGUGAGGACGAUAAUAGAAUGGAGUAACGACGUCGAAAAGUGUGUCUGUAUUUGUGUGUGUUUGCGUGUGUGUGUGUGUGUGUGUGUGUGUGUGUGUGUGUGUGUGUGUCAUAGCAGGUUCAGACCACUAUUUUUGUGUGUGUUCAUUUAACGGUAAUUGACCAAACGACUUCCAAGGGGCGGGCUUGGGUUGGUUGGGUGCGUGGCUUGCCUUCAUGGGGCAGCUUCAAGUCUAAGCACUCGUUCUAACGGGUCACUGCGACUGCGGUGCUGUGAUUAAACGAAUAUGUCGGUGUGGUCGGAAGUUAACAAACCACUCGAGUGGCUUUGAUUUAGUGGCUUUUAUGUAACAGCAGCAAAAAGAAACACACAAAAAACCAAACAAAAAAAUUAAGUUUUCCCCCAAAUUCAUUAAAAUUCAUUUUUUUUUUCAGUCGACAAUGGCAACCCUUUCCUCUACCUGAGACAAUGGGAAGCCGGCAUUAUGAGGCAUCCAGAGUUACCCGUCUUUGUCGGCUUUUUUUUUUUUUUUUUAAAUUAUAAAAAAAAAAAAAAAAAAUUUGACAAAUUUACUGAAAUAACUACAUAGGUUUAAUGUAAAACAAAAAACAACAAAAAACAACAACAGGUUGUUACAUAAUUGAAAAUAGACAACAGAUUUAAAUAGUUAUUUAAAAUAGUAAAAUACAUCAAAUUCUAAUAUCAUUGACAAAAAUAAUGUGUUUCCAUAUAAUAAUACUUCUUUACUUUAAAGUUUUGAAACUAAAUUUAUUAUUUAAAAAAAAAAAUAAUGUGUAUGGAAAUGGUAUGAAAAAUAUAUGCGUAUAGCGUACCAUCUAUUACUGGAACAUGAGAGACAAACAUAGAAGCGUCCCAUACUUCCAGGACAUACAAGCCACGGUCUAUGUAAUACAUGUAUCUACAAUUUACAUUGUAUUCCGCCCAGAAUCCAAUGGGAGAACUUCGCAGAUUGGCCACUUUUCUGGGUCACAAUUAUGACGACGACUUUCUCAGAGAGGUCAUGGACAUGACGUCAUUCGAUUGCAUGAAAGAGAGAAAAGGCCCCGUGUCAUUUCUUGAUGAUGAUGGCACGCCUAUCAUAUACAGAAAAGGUGAGCCCCAGGUUGAUUCUCGUUCCAUUAUAGCGUGAAUUCAUUGUGUUCACGUGGUAGGGUCAGAUUUUUUUUUUUUUCAUGUUUGAGCAACGGUGUGGUUACGUCCUCUCUUUUCUUUUUUAUUUGUUUACGUUCAGGUCAAGUUGGUGAUUGGAUGAAUUACUUCACACCCGAGCAAAACGAUUGGUUUGACAAGAUUAUUUGUCAGGAAAUGGCCGGCUCCCGCUUCCGGUUCAGAUAUUCACUGGACGGCCGAGAAAUUGUGAACGGGUGUGGAAAUUCGAGAAAUAAGGCGCCUUACAAUUGCAUUCGUCAGGGAGGGCAGUAGAACCAGCCCCCAGGGAGGGCAGUAGAACCAGCCAAAACCAGCCAACAUCUGAACAGAAUAUACACGGAUAUUAGGAUGAUGUUUGAACUGAAACAUGUGUUUGAUGUAUAUUGAUGUCAGUAUGAUGUAUAAUAUUGAAUGUUAUUGCAGUGUGUGUGUGUUUAGAAAAACUCAGUGAAUGGAAGUUUCAAUAAAUGCAGGCAACACAAGUGGAAGGAUGUCAUUUGUUUAAAAUAUGUCUCAAUGUCACAAAGAAUGAGAUUGUCCGAAGAAUGUCAUGUUUGAUUGGAUUGUCAGACAAAUGUCAUAUGUGAUGAGAUUGUCUGAAAAGUGUCAUAUUUGCUGAGAUUGUCCGAAGAGUGUCAUGUUUGCUGAGAUUGUCUGAAGAAUGUCAUAUUUGAUGAGAUUGAAGAAUGCCAUAUUUGAUGAGAUUGAAGAAUUUCAUAUUUGAUGAGAUUGUGUUCAGAAUGUCACGUUUUAUCAGAUUGAAAAAUGUCAUGUGAUUUGAGAUUGCGUGAAGAAUAUUAUGUUUGAUGAGUUACUCGAACAAAGGAAUGUUGCAUUCAUGUGACUGUUAAAAAAAAAGAAAUCAGACUUACUGUUUAACAUCGAUUCCUGUAAAUACUUUAAAAUGUCUCAACCAAUGUUGAUAUUUUCUUGCCAUAUAUGUGAAGGUUGAUACUAAUGUACAUACCUGAGGCGUGAAUAAAUACUGUACAUAUAUUAUGUUCAUCCAGUAUGUCUUUCGGGCGAAGAAACAUUGCCAUGACGAAAUUUUCUUUUUAAAUGUCUGUUUUCAACUUAUCAUAUCAAUGUAUGUGAAAAUGCAUGGCACAGUCAAUGGAUGAAGUGGUGCACUGUUUUCAAACCACAAUGUUGACGGCUUUUUCUUUCAUGUCAAUAAAUCGCAGAGAUGUCAUUAAGGACAUAUUGAAUAGAAAAAACAUGUCAUUUCACACAGAUGUCAUUAGCUGUACAUAACACCCGUCAUUUAAUCCAGAUGCCGUUAACUUAAAAUGUCAU